AUGGCUACUGCGGGGUCUUCUGGGGCGGCGGCGGCGGAGGUCGUUGAUGGGCCAGUGCUGAGCAUGAUGAACAAACGGCUGCGGGCCCUGCGAAAGAAGUAUAACCGGAUAUUGCAGAUGGAGGAGAGCGUGGCGCAGGGCAAAACCCUCAACAAGGAGCAGGAGGAAGUUUUCCGCUCCAAGCCCGCUAUCGCGACCCUAAUCGAGGAGUACGAGAGACUCCGGCAGCCUCUCUCAGCUGCUGUCCAGGAGGAGUUAGCCCUCGCGCGCGCCUCCCUUGUGCCGCCGUCCGCGCCUCCUCCUCUUCCCUCUGUUGAGGACGACAAGCAGGAUCGGGAUCAGGGGGAGACAGCAGUAGAGGCGGCUGAGGGUACGGGGACUCCGCAGGAGCCCCGGCGAGACCGCGAAGCCGCCGUGGAGGACCUUCUAAACUUGCUGUACUUUGGAUGUCUCUUCGACGUGAAGAGUCAGAGCGAGUUUGCAUCCAUGGUGUUCACUAGAACGCAUGAAAGGGAGAGCUGCCUGACUUACGACUACGUAACCGAUGACUCCACUGGUUUCCUCCUGGAGGGCGACCUCGAUCUCCUCUCUAAGCUUGCUAGCCUUGUAAUCUCGAGGCCCGUGCACUCUGGUGACUCGCAUAAGAGUGCGCUCCUUGGCUGCGUCCAUCGUGCUAAGCUCUGGUUAGGCAAUUCCGACCAGCCCAUUCAUCCUGAGUCCUCCAUUACCUGUAUCCAAGCGCUACAUUACUCUCCGUGCUUACAUUUUCUCUGAUGCAUUUUCUUCUAAUUUCCUUAUUCCCUGUUGGGUUUCGAGGUUACCUCCUCGAUCCGCCUCGGAUUUUUUCGAACAUUACCUCGACAGAGAGGAUGUGAAGAUUUCUCUUGUGUCGCUGGUUGGUGUAUUGCAAGCUAUUUGUUCCCUUAAUUUCACCACAGACGCAGGAUUGAGGGAACGACUUAACAGGAUCUUGUCGUCCGACUACUUCACGAAAGCGCCGGAAAUGAAAGCUCCUGCUGAUGUGGCUGUGGCGGUGGGGAAGUAUCAGGUUCAGGUUUCUAGCUCUGCAGGAGUCCCCCCAUCAUCUGCGGUGGCUGAUGCGCCUCCAGCGCAUUAUCAGGAAAAGGUGAUCUUUUUUUUGUUUAAUUUCAUUGGAUUCUGUACUGUUUCCUCUGGAAAAAAGAAAUGAUUCGAAUGUACACAAUAUUUGUGGGUUGUCAAUGAGCAUUGUCUCUAAAGGAGACCAUUCACGACCUUACCAUUUGUCUGCUUUAUUUCUUCUGCUCGCGCUUCUUGAACCGAUGAUAUGCAUCAGGCUGUUUCGAAUUCCCACGCCAUGUUUACAGUUCUUCGAUCUUUGCUGAAAUCCCCUGGUACCUCAAAGGUGGUCGAAGGGUUGUGAGUUAUCAGGAAGAUGCUAGGUGCAGUUUUCACGGUGGAAAAAUAUCACUCCCACAAUAGAAGCACCUAGAGCACAUAAAUCAGGCGUUGCUGUAGUUAUGGCUUGAGCAAGAGUGGGCAUCUGGAAUGAUUCUCUCGUGGUCAACCUUAGCAGAAAUCACCAUGUUUCGUGCUGAAAUAAUGAGACAAACUUAGGUCUUUUUUCUUUUUUGAGACAUGUCAGCCAUAGCUUUGUUUAACCUCAUAUCUGAACAGAGUCACCACGCGUUCACUAUUUUUUUAAUCCCUUUUUUCUCUACAUUAUAAUUCUACUGACGACUGGCCAAUCCUUUUCUUUGCUGGGCCUGGCUAAUCUGUAGAAGAGCAAUGGGAUUUUGAGGAUAACUAUUCGAGGUGGAAUCUGAAUUAUAAACUGUUAUUUGAUGGGCUGAGGCUGGGUUAAUGAAUAAAUGAUCUAAGAUUUUUUUGACUAAACCCCACAACAGGUGUCUCUCAUUAUCAUUUUUAAGCCUUUGUUUUCUCCUCAUUUCUGGAAAAAUCCUAAUUAAUUUUGAAGAAUAUCUGAAAAAAUUAUGUCAUGCGUGUCAUUAUCAUAAUUUCUUAAUUUCAUAGAAAAGAAGUUGAGGAAGGGUAUGGCUCAGACGAUUUCCCUUUCUAUCUCGUCAACAAAUCCUUAUAUUCAUCUUCUCUGAGCUACUGCUGAGGAAUAUUCCUUCAUAGGUUAAGGUCCAAAUCUCCCCAAUUCCCUUCAGCACAUAUGACACAGCUCAGCUAUCAAGGUGGUGUAAGCAGCUCUCUCUGUGACAGUAGUAUCUAAUCUGAACAAGAGCUAGUUAGAUGAUCAUCGUAAGGAUGAUAGUAAUAAAGUGCUCGAUUGUAUUUUGUAUACGGGGACAUCUCUAUUUCAUUGCUUUGUAUUUGCGUAAUUGCACUUUUAUCUGGGGAUUCUUCCAUUUCGUUGCUUUGUAUGUGUGCUAAUUGAAAUGUUAUAUAAGAAUAUAUAUGCUUGUACGUAUUUUUUGUACUUCAAUUUAUUAUUUAGACUCAAUUUUUUUUUUAACUAUCGCCAAAGCCAUAACAUGGCCCGGCAACCACUGGUAUCAACAUGGUUGGAUUUACAACCAUGAUUCCGCUUUCCCUUUCAUUAGUUGAUGUCUCAGGAAAACUGUCUUAUAUGGUUGUAAAAGAAUUUUAUCCACAUAAUGUACCUUCCGAAUCUCUUUCUUCAGGACGUUGUCAUAAAUUUUGUUAGAUUAUCGGAGCUAAUUCUCAUCAUCAUGUAGCUGGGUGUCCUUCUAUGCCUCCAAAAGGCUUCAUAGAAGGGGUUUGGAUCAUGAUGCUGCUUCGUUUGGUUUCUCGAAAGAAUUUUUAUGCACGUACCCUUUUCCCCUUAGAACACGCUGUAAUUAUAUCACAUAUUGUAUUGCCACGACUCUUUCCUUAGUUUAAUCGUCUGCUUGGCUGUCUGGCUCUUUAUCUCUCUAUAGAUUCGAUUCCAUACUGCCUUCUGUUGGUUUCAUCACUAUUUUUUUCUCUUCACUCAUCUCUUUCGUCGGUUUGAUUCAUCUAUGGGUAACUAUUCUCUUUAUCCUUCUCGAGCUUUGCUGCUCAUGCCACUCGUGUUUGGAUAUACAUUUGCCUUCCCACUGAUGGUUUUUUUUUUGCUCCAUUAUUUUUUGCUUUUUUUUUUUCCUGUAAUUGCCAUAUUGCUUCUUAAAAUUAUGAAACGCCUGUGAUUGCGCUGUGUAGUCUCCAAUCAUUAGACUCACGUUUGUGCCGUGGGUUUUCGAAAUCCCAAAUAAUGUUGUCAAAUUGUGAGUGCGCUGUGUAGUCUCCAAUCACUAGACUCACGCUUCUCUGAGAAGAUAACUCAGGAGAUGAGAAAGAAGUGUGAAAAUGAAGAAAUACUUGACUGGGUUAAUUUCCCUUUUCUUUGGGGUGGGGGGGUUGAAAAUGGGUUGAAAAUGAAUGAAUAAUUCCAUACCGGCAAAUUUGUAGUAAUUGUUGUAAUACCUUACAGGCAUCGAAACCACCCUUCUACCGCCUGGAAACCCUAGUUUUUACAUUCAAUGAAGAGGGGGAGGUGGUGGGAUGUCUCCUCAGUGCCUUCCUUCAGAGGUACUUGCUGGAAGAGGUCAGCUGUGGGUAAUCAGCUUGAUGAUACUUAUCCCUUUAGGAGGUGACUCAACCAGCUUCAAAGGUCAAUCUUUUCUGAAGAGCUACACUGUCAGAAAUAUUGUUCUUGCUUAUUGAAACAUGUUCCCAGAGACACACCCCGCAGUACUGUGCUGAAGUUCAAGCGUCUUAGAAGGGCUAAUCUGGGUUAAGGGGUGGAAAUAAUCUUUGUUACGCCAUUGAUUUCGUCCUUACUCUUUUGGGCUGGGAAUGGGAUUGACCUUGGUCUCGGACAAGAUCACCUGUAUGGAGGAGACACAUUUGCAGAAAUACUAUGGAUAUAUAUCUUGGAUCUAGGAAAUGGAAAACCUUUAGUACGAAAAACCAAAGUCUGGAUCAUCUUUGGCGGAUGAUGUUGGUUUACCAAAUCCAGACUAAUGCUUUUUUCAAAAUUCACGCCGAUGAUCAAACUGACGAUAGAAGAACGUGUGGACUGCAAUUAGAUGUCUCCAGUGAGUUCUCUUUGGCUAUAGCUAUGAAAAUGGAAGGUCUAGAGUGUGCUGGAAUCAUAUUGUUUGGGAUAAUAGUAUCUUCUCUUACAAGCGUUUGGUACCCCAUUUCGGAUGCUACUCCUCAAAAGAUCAUCUAAGGGAUGCAAACAUGGAUUUUAGACAUGGGGUGAUUAUUGCUCUUCGUGUUUCGAUGGAAUGAUAUCCCUAGUAUUAUUUUUUCCGGAUGGGAUGAAUGUUAGUGGCGAAUCUGGCUUACUAAAAUUGUUGUUACUGGCUAUUCUGUAGAUAGGGAAGACUUGGGACUUGAGAAUUCUCCUGGGUUGGAUCAACUUAUCUACGUCUUUGAUGGAAAAUUUAAUAGAUGCAUCUCAUCAGCAGGAUAUGCAGAUGGCCCCUCCUUCCUAGUCCCCGGGAUUAGUGUGAAUCAGUACGAUGCGCAUUUCGAUUUGUAGUUAUUUUGCUGGCCAUCUUUUACUUGGGAUUGGGGGGGGGGAGGGAGAGCGUGAGAGACAGAGGUAGAGUAGAGGGAAGACCAGGGACUGAAACUUCACGGGUCUCCAGGAUCUAAUCAAUGGAGCUAAUCUGGAGAAUCUACCAUUAUUAUUAUUAUUGUCGUCGUAGAAGACUCCUCCAACGAUUAUUAUUUUUAAAUGUUUUUCAAGCGAUCUUUGGUGAAGAUUUAUGAGCCCAAACUGGGUAAUUUGUCUCUCUGCAUUUGGUUGGCAGCUUCAAGAUGUCGUCCUCAUCUUGCCUCUUAUUUUAUUCCGUGCUUUUCUGCAGGAGGAAACUCCUGAGAGCUUUGAAAGCAGUGACUCUGGAUACGAUCAAUCUGGUCCUGUUGAUCAUUCUCCGAAGGUGGGAUCAGAGUUGCUCUUUCGUAGUGUUUAUCUGCUAUUUCGUAGUGUUUCUCGAUCAACUUUUGGUUUUUCUGAUGCAGAAUGAGUCGGGUUCCUUGAAUGCUACCGGUGAUGCCAACGCAGUCCACCCCGAGCGCUACCAGAACCAGAGAGACGCGGACUUGAACGAGCUGCAGUACGGUCACCGGAGGCCGUAUCAGAACCAGCGGGGCGGCGGUAGGGGCGGCGGCGGGGCCGCCGCCGCCGGCCGGGGGCGGAGGGACUACGCCAACGGCCGAGGCGGCCGUGCUGCCCGCGGUGGCGGUGGCGGCGGCGGCUACCAGAACGGUCGGAGCCAGUACUACGAUUCUGGGUACUACCCCAGGAACUACUACAACCCUAGAGGGAGGGGCGGCAGCAGAGGCGGCGGCGGGCCGGCGAUGUACAGCCACGUGGCGCCGGAGGACGUCGAGCUACAGGCGAGCACCUAG